GUGACACAGCAUAACAUUGUGUCUAUUAAAUUUUUGGAAUCAAUUGGCACCCAUCAGAGCAAAGUGAAAAUAACAUUCCGCAAAAGUGUGCUUAAAAAUAAUUUGGUUUAGUUUCAAAUAACAAAUGAGAAUUCAUUCAUAGUUUUGGCAAGAGCUUCAUUGUAGUAUUUUUCCGAUAUAACAACGAUACAGCUUAAAAAAGGGUUGUUGAUUGAUUUGUUCCACUUCAAAAUUUUUUGCCUAACGAAAGAAAUAAUAAAAAUAAUUUGAGUAAGGGAACCCCCAACCGGUAGUGACAUAGGAAAGGAAUCGUAAUAUUGUAUCGAUUUGUUAGUAAAGGCGAAAUAAUUUACGAUGAGAUUUGCUGGUAAUUUAUCAAAAAUGUUAAAUAAUAAUGUUAACAGCGAUAAGACAACCAACUGUGAUAACUCUUGCGAUCUAUCUGACUCGACGAUUGAAUCAGUAGCUGAGACAACAAAUAUCAAUAACAACAGUAUGAUGAGUGAUAAUUUCAGUAAUUGGAACAUUAGUGCACGUCACGAUAUUGGAAAUGGAUUAAUGAAACUCAAUAAAAAAGCUUUCACUGUUUUAUGCGAGCCUGAAAGUGAAAAUAAUGAAAAUCGUGAAUUUCGUCAAGUUCCAACAGCUAGACCACCAGUGUCAAUUUGGAUUCUAAAUUGUCGGUAUGAUUGCAUAACAAGAGUUGCAAAAUCAUUAGGAUACAAAAUUGUACGUCCAAAUAAUAUUCAAGUACCAAACAAAUCUCUUGUUGAAUUCAAUUAUGAAUUAAGAUUGGCGAAUUCUCGAAAGCAAGAAAAUGAUAUGUGGAAUUUAUGUUGGACCGACUCACUUGUUGCUGUGGACUUUUGUCGCGAGAUGAGAAGAUUUCAGAAGAUUAAUCAUUUUCCAGGAAUGUUUGAAAUAUGUCGCAAAGACUUGCUUGCGAGAAACUUGAAUCGCAUGUUGAAACUUUUUCCAAAUGACUAUAACAUUUUUCCAAAAUCUUGGUGUUUUCCUGCUGAUCUGGGUGAUGCAAUUCAGUACAGCCGUCAAUAUAAAAAUAAAACAUUUAUUAUAAAGCCAGAUCAAGGAUCGCAAGGUCGAGGCAUUUGGUUGACAAAGAAUUUAAAGGAAGUAAAAAUCAAUGAAAGAAUGAUAUGUCAAGUUUAUCUCAAUAAGCCAUUACUAAUCGAUGGCUAUAAAUUUGAUCUUCGUGUAUACUGUCUCAUUACAUCUUUAGAUCCACUCCGAAUAUUCGUUUAUAAUGAAGGAUUAGCAAGAUUUGCAACCACGAAAUAUCGUGAGCCAUCUGAUUAUAAUUCCGGAAAUAUGUUUAUGCAUUUAACAAAUUAUUCUGUAAAUAAGCAUAGUAGGAUGUAUUCAACGGAUGAUGAAGUUGGCACUAAAAGGAAAAUCUCAACCCUUAAUCGAAUUUUGGCGAAUGAAGGGUAUGACGUCGCUGAAUUGUGGGCAAAUAUUGAUGAUGUCAUUAUCAAAACUGUGCUAAGUGCACUGCCAAUGUUAAAACAUAAUUAUAAUGCAUGUUUUCCAUCUCACGAUAUGGUACAAGCGUGCUUCGAAUUACUAGGAAUGGAUAUAAUGAUUGAUUCAAAAAUGCGACCUUUCAUCUUAGAAGUUAAUCAUUCGCCAAGUUUUCAUACUAAUGAGCAGGUUGACAAGGAGGUCAAGGAAACAUUGAUUCGAGAUACUUUUGUGAUAUUGAAUCUUACACAGGAUAUUAGAAAGAAGGUUCUUGAAGAAGACCGAAAACGUAUACGUGAUCGUUUGUUGCAAAGGAUAAAGGAUGCAAAAGACGCUAAUAAUAAUGCAGUUAAUAAAGAAGAUGAUGAUGAUUCUCAAUCGGAUGUGUACCUUGAUAAGCAUAAUAGUUGGUCGCAGCAAAUAGCAUGGGAAGAUACACAUCUCGGUGGAUUUCGACGAAUAAUGCCAUGUUAUAAUGAGUAUACUCGUUAUCAAAAGUUUUAUGUUCAACAAAAUCAAUUGUCAGUUUAUUCGGAAACGGCAGCAAGUAAGAGGAGAGAAGAAUGUGCAAAGCAGCAAAGAAUUGAAUUGGAGGAGAAAUUCAAGCACAAUCAAGCCAUUUUGAGACAUUUCCGGUAUUCAAAAACUUUAGGUGAAGGAGAUGAGACUGUGAGGAAGAAAAAGGCAAAGAAGAAUAAAAGAAAUUAUUUCAAGCCUGACGAUGUAGUUGAGCAUGAUGAACGAGAACGAUUUGCAUCUAUGGCACAACGUGAAUAUCUUGUCAAAAGUGUAGGGUUGUUGCAAAAUAUAUACGUCAAUUUCCAUAAAGCAAAUCUAAUAACAGACUCUGAUCGUCGGAAGUAUAAAGAUCUCUUUGCUAAAACAAUAGCUAAUGAAAUGUCCAAUAGUCUGCCUGUUUUGGGAUCUCUGCCUCCAGCUCAAUCAAAAAAUUCCAAGUUUAAUAAAUCGUCAUUACCGAUUUCAAUGCCAACAAAUUUAAAUACUUUGAUCGAGAAUGAAACUGCCACAAACUCCACAAAUUCAAGUACCAAUGCACAAAGUAGUAACGAAAUUUCUUGUAUAAUGGGCAAUUUGAUAAAUUGCUCUGAAGUUCCCGUUGUUAUUCGACCACAAUUGCCAUGUUUAGCACCCAGCAAGGCACAUGGCGGAACCAAUAAAGCUCAACUCGCUAGACAAGUUACAAAUGUUAUCAGAAGGCACAAUAUAGAAGCGAGGCAACAAAUUACAGACAAGAUUAUCUAGGAUUAAUUUUUAUG